AUGCCGGCUGCCAGGACCGUGCUGGGCGGGCAGGGGGCCGGCGGCUCGCCGCUCCGGAGGGAUGGCCCCGACGUGCCACCCCGGGGGGCCUGGUGCCCGAAGCCGUCCAGAGCGACAACAACCACAGCAGCCACAGCCACCACAACAGCCACCACCCCCACCACCAUCACCACCACCACCACCACCACCACCACCCGCCGCCGCAGCAGCAGCCCCAGCGAGCCGCCGCGGCCGAGGAGGAGGACGAGGAGAAAGGCCAGCUCCUCCUGCCGCCCCCCGCCGCCGCCGCCGCCGCCGCACCAGGAGCUGGCCCCCGCCGCCGCCGCCGCCCGGCCGGCCAUGGUGUCCAGCAUGGCCUCGCUGCUGGACGGCGCCGCCGAGUACCGGCCCGAGCUCUCCAUCCCGCUGCACCACGCCAUGAGCGUGCCCUGCGAGUCCUCGCCGCCCGGCAUGGGCAUGAGCAGCACCUACACCACCCUGACGCCACUCCAGCCCCUGCCGCCCAUCUCCACCGUCUCCGACAAGUUCCACCACCCGCACGCCCACCCGCACGCCCACCACCACCACCAGCGCCUCUCGGGCAACGUCGGCGGCGGCUUCGCCCUCAUGCGGGACGAGCGCGGGCUGCCGGCCGUCAACAACCUCUACGGGCCCUACAAGGAGAUGCCCGGCAUGGGGCAGAGCCUCUCGCCGCUGGGCAACGGGCUGGGCCCCCUCCACAACGCCCAGCAGGGCCUCCACGGCUACGGGCCGCCCGGCCACGAGAAGAUGCUCGGCCCCAACUUCGACGCCCACGCCGCCAUGCUGGCUCGGGGGGAGCAGCACCUCUCCCGGGGGCUGGGCACCCCCCCGGCCAUGAUGCCCCACCUGAACGGCAUGCACCACCCCGCGCACCCGGGCCACCCGCCGCCCCACGGGCCCGCGCUGCCCGCCGGCCGGGAGCGGCCGCCCUCCUCCUCCUCCGCCUGCAAACGCAAAGAGCAAGAGCCGAACAAAGAGCGGAACAACUCCCAGAAGAAAUCUCGCCUGGUUUUCACGGACCUCCAGCGCCGCACGCUUUUCGCCAUCUUCAAGGAGAACAAGCGCCCUUCCAAAGAAAUGCAGAUCACCAUCUCCCAGCAGCUGGGCCUGGAGCUCACCACCGUCAGCAACUUCUUCAUGAACGCCCGCCGGCGCAGCCUGGAGAAGUGGCAGGACGACCUGAGCUCCGGGGGCUCCUCCUCGGCCCCCAGCACCUGCACCAAGGCGUGACGGGGAGGGGGCGGCGCGGCACGGCACGGCACGGCACGGCGGGGCCCUUCACUGGUGACUUAAAGCACAAUCCUCCUGGAACCCACCCCCAGCCCGGCUCUAGCAGAGGACACUUCUUCACAGCUUCUAGUCAGUCUCAGCGGGCGCCUGGCGAGCGGUCACCUCUCUCUGCAAUGCCAUGCUCAGGGCGGGCGAAGCAGGUUGGAAACGUCGGGGAGCCCCCCGUGAGGCAAGUUUCUCCUGAGCCCCAAAGAGCCCCGGCCAGCGGGGGUGCCACUGCCAGCCCGGGCAACCUGCCCGUGCCCAGCGCUUGCCCGCGGGGCGCCGGUGCUGGCCACACCGCCCUGCGCCAACGCUCGCCGCCCCGGGGCGGCCGCGCCAGAACCGAGCACAAAGUCUGACACGUAGACGCUAAAGAACCCGAGAAUCUGUUUUUAAAACUCAGGCAUGGUUUUGUUAAAACAAAAAAAAAAGAACAAAUUUAAUUUUUUAAUUUUUUUUGUUUUGGGGGUUUUUUUUGUUUUUUUUUUUUAAUUCAAUCAGUGAGUACAGCUCGAUCUCGGAUCAGAACCCUUCAGUUCAGUUGAGCUCACAGUAUCAAGCACAAAGCCAGUAGCUGCAGAGAUAGGUACGAUCCCGGCCCGGCUGCGGCGGCGCUUCGGGGGGCAGCCCCGUGGCCCCCAGCCCAGCCCGCAGUCGGUCACAAGCUCUGUGGUUGUACCUACCGCAGACGCACACUCAGGAGGUCCACUUAACUGCUACAGUGCAUGGAACAAACACCACGUUUUUUGGAAGAUCUAGAUUUUUUUAGGUCGUUAAGAUGUCCUUUUUAGUUGCCAGCCAGGAAUCUAAUUUCUCCUCGACAGUGUUCUUGUUACUGAAACGCGUUUAGCGUUCCAUGUAUUUUUCUUUGGGUUUUUUUCGGUACUUUCAAGCAGGAAAAAAACCAGAAACGAGCCCUUCAGAUGCCACUGACCACUUUAGAUGUGCCGCGUAUGACUUCGCUAUGCCACCUAAACCUCUUGCAUCCCUAAGUUCCUUUCGCCCUCCAGCUGCCCAGGCUGGUGGGGACUCAGCACACCAAAGAGACAGGACUACUGCAAGCCAAAGAUGUUUGUAACUUGCCAUUUUUCUCCUCGCCACGGCUGGUGCGGGCGGUCGGGUGGCGAUGGGGAAGCCUCACAAGCUCCAGUUGGGCCCCCUCUCCACCUGCGGCGGGCCGGUAGCCCGGGUGAGCCGAUGCCGAGCCCCCCCAUGCCCAGCAGCCCCCCCGGCACGGCCACGGCCGCUCCACCUGCGCCUUCUCCAGUGACCGGCCCCCCGCCGCGCCGGCAGGGACCCCCGCAGCAGAGCCCAGGGCGGCCGCGGCUCUUUAGAGACACUUGAGACUUUUUUUAUGUACUACUUAAUCGAAACCAAAGAAACGUUUUCUGCACCUACUUCUUCUGCAACAAACUGUUCCAUUUAAAAAUAAAAUUAAAAUAAAAUUAAAAAAAAAAUAAAGAAAAAAACCAAGGAAGCACGUCAGGAAGCAAACGAGUAACACACUGUGUUUUGACAGACAUCUUGGACAUUUUAGGAAGCAGAUCUCAAAGAAAGGGUUGACAAGAACAAGAACAAAGCAAAGCCAGUACGAUUGCUGCUUCGUUUGACAACUCAGUCAUCUUAAAGUUGAAGAUUGUCUUUAAUUUGUGCCUAUGCAGUUUUUUCAAAAGAACAAGGAACAGAGCAACCAAAACCUCAACAGCUACAAUACCAAAGAUGAGGAUUCUCACUACUUUUGUUUCAGUUCAUUGUCUCCUCUUGCACGACUGAAUGCGUAUAGCCCCACUGAUCUGUGUACAGGUAACCACUUCUGUUUCUUCGAGCAACCAAAAGGGUGGGUUUAUUUAUGUUUUUCCUGCUUCUGCCUCACACGGGAUCUCUCCGAGAGCUGCAUGGACUCCAAGCGCAAGAUGUUGGGAUACUACACUGGUAUGUCUCUUCUCUCCACAGCCACGUAGGAGGAACGUGUCCCUUGGCUAUGACUUGUUUUGUCGGGUAGAAUCAGUCUCCUGUAUGUCUAGAGCUUUGAACACCCAUCCUUCUGUACGUGAAAUCGGUUGAGUUGAACCUACACCCUUCCUUCUCUUCCCCAGGGAUAAAACUUGCAAUAUGUAUGUACCCAUUUGUGUCAUUGUAAGUGCUGACCACCAUCACCACCGCCUGGUUCACUGAGAUCAGACCCCGACCUGAACCAAAACGGAGAUUUCAGCAGUUCACGUGGCAGUUCAGCAAUUCGUUUUGAUGUAUUACACACGUUAUGUUGGUUGGUCGAAGUCAUGAUGACCCAAGUCACGACAUGCAGACCUGGGGCCAAUUUUCUCUUCCGAGCUGGAGCACCAUGGUACCGUUGUGCUCCAUCUCUGCAUUUACAUGAAGGCUUCUUUUUGAGUACUUUGCAAAACUGCUGCAGUCAUCUUCCAAUGUUUGCAUUUAAAAAAAAAAAGAAAGAAAGAAAAUCAAAAACCUUGUCUGCUCAGGACAGGAGAGGUUUCUGAGGAAUAAAUUCAGGAUCCUCCCAGCAAGACUGACAGCACGUACCAGCUCUGGGAAUUGAAACACAGAUUUCCCAGAAAGAUUGUGCAUGAUUCAAAAAUGACCUAAAGAAGCCUGGUAAUCAGACACGGACUAAAGCUGCCAAAAAGUGGUUCAGGUCUGGGCUGAUGCGCUGUAGGGCAGCGCCCGGCUGAAGUGGUUUGGUCAUGUUGAAGUUUCACCCUCGUUCCCAUCCAAGAGGGUCCACUCAAAGCAGCCCCUCCCUGUGCAUUUUGAAGGUGGCAUUGCCCCCACGGGAGAUGUCUCACUCUGAAAGUGUCCCUGCAGCGUUCAUCCCAAUAACACUAACGAAGUAAGUCUAGAUCAAUUACUGAAUUAUUAAAAAAAAAAAUAUCUUUGAUGAAAUCAUUAAUUCUGUCCAAAAUUGUGGACUUUUUGUUAUGCAAUAUUAUGGCUGAAGUUUUUGCUUCGAUGUUUCAGAGGCUGACCCUCAAUCUCAGCCCGGGACAGUAGAAUCCCACCACACAGCCUGAGGUCCACCUGGCUGCGUUUGCUGACCUGGCAGCAUCUGCUGAGCAAAAAGGCAUGGGCGCUGCAGGGACAGCCAUGCCCACCUUUCCUCCACGGUUUUCUAAAGCCACUUUCACCUGAACGUCUGAAAACUCCGCUGCAUUUUUUAUCCCUGCAUCUUCCAUGUCCCUGUGUUGCGUCUUCCAUGUCCCUGUCACCUCUUGUAGGCUUUUGUGUCACAGCUGUCCCAGCAGAGGAGUGUCGAUGGCACACCCUGUGGGUAGAUAGAUUUGUAUGUACAGGUAUGAGCAGAACACGCCCUCUGUUCUGCCCGUGCUAAAAACAAACCUCAAAUAGAUACAUUACGUUUAUAUACCAUAUAUUUAUGAAUCUAUAGAGCCGUGUAACGAAACUUCUUCCUUUUAUUUAUUCUGAUACGAAAGACUGGUGUGUACAGAUAGUAUCCCAGCAUCUUCUGCACCCUGUGCUUGGAGUUACUACCAUGGGCACAUCCGAGAUGAAUUCAACUUUCAAGAAACCUUGGAUAUUGCUUAAUCAUCCACCAAGGAACAAAGAAUGUGCUUGAUGACUUCGGUUGAAUAGCUUUAUUCUAGAUCUCUCUUACCUAAAGCUGAAUCCAAAGACCUGAGAAGGACUAAACCAGCAAACCCACGCUCUCACACCUGCGGGGGGGAACAGGGAUCUCCUCUUCCAGAGCGAGACACGGUAACGACACGGGAUCGCGAGGAGCGUGCGAGCUUCGGACACAAACCAAUGCUUUUCUUGCUUGUCACCAUACCUAAGUAUUUUUGAGACAUGGGGAAACUUUAUACUCGGCCUCCUUUAUAUUUAUUAAGGGGAAUUUUUAUUGUUUAAAUUUUUUAAAAAGGUAAAGCUUAAAAUGGUUUUAUUUUUUUCCAGACGCUUGUGGGUUUUAACCCAAUAUAUUAUCUAUCAAUAAUGUAAUUUAUUUAAUUUAGUCUUAGAGCGGAUCCCGAAAUCUCUGUUCAGUCUAAAUCCCAUUAAGUUUCCUUUUAGCUUUAAAUUUCAAUGGGAGUUUUGCCUGAACACAGACUGCGGGAUCAGGCUCCAGUGUGAGUUAUUUGUAACUAUUUAAUUCAAUCAUUUAUGAAUUGAUUUGGGAUUAAUUUUGUUUAUUUAUCCAUUUCACUGUCGUAGCGCAUCAGAGAUGCAAAGCCUAUGUUAGUAACUACACUUAAAGUUAGUAUUGCUUCAUAGAGCAGCCAGGUUCUGUUACAGACAGGAGAAAAAUAACCACUUAUGUAAAACAGGAGUCUAGUUUUAAUUUCUUUUUUAAUUAAUUUUAAUUGUUUAAAUAUCAAAGUUUAAUUUAUUUAAGUUAAUCUCUUCCCAUUUGCUUAGAAAGUGUGACAUACCUUUAUUAUGGCACAUAAAGCCUUCGUAAUAUAACUUAUUUAUUUAACUUAUUCAUAAUCAUCCGAAGAUGCCCUUGUAUAGUUUUUUGGUUUUUAUUUAGAAUGACCUUUAAAGCACUACAGCUGAUUUGCUGUGAGAACAACAGAGUGAAUUUUGAGGACAAGCAAUGAAUAUUCAGCCUAAAACUGUGCAUCAGAAACAAUAGGGGAAAAAAAAAAAAACAAAGACACCGGGAUACUUUGCCUGAACUUUGUGGCUUCUUAAAACUUAAGCUGGGGG